AUGGCAGUUCUCUACACACUGCUGGUGUUAUUCUUAGCAGUGUUUGUUGCUGGAUUUAUGUUGUUGGUCAUGGGAGCAAUCAAUUUUGAUUUAUCCAACUCAGAAAUUCCUCCUGGACUGAAUCAGCCUGUAAAGCUCCGAAUCACCCACAUCAUUUUAAAAAGCACUGCUGUGGUGGGAAAGAUUUUGGAAAACAUUGGUAUCUGCAGUCAGCUUGGCUUUGUCCGGUACAUGCAAGGCAGAAAGACUCCAGGAGCAGACCCAAAGCUCUCCAUCAAGGACCUGUGGUUUGAGAAAGUGCCUGUAAGGAUUUAUCAGCCCAAAGUUCCAUCUGCCAGCCAAAGGAGAGGAGUUAUGUUUUUCCAUGGAGGAGGAUGGGUAUUUGGAAGUUUUGAGACCCACGAAAAGCUGUGUCGCUCUAUUGCCAGUGAAAGUGAGUCAGUGGUUGUGUCUGUCGGGUACCGUUUAGCUCCUGAACACAAAUACCCUGCUGCAUAUGAAGACUGUCUGAGUGCCACCAUCCACUUCAUGAAGAAUUUGGAGCACUACGGCGUGGAUCCUGCCACUGUCGUUGUCUGUGGGGACAGUGCUGAGGGCCACCUGGCAGCUGCGGUAUAGGGCAGGUCAGACCUCCCCAAACUACGUGCUCAGGUCUUGAUCUACCCGGGCCUUCAGGCGCUGGACUUCAAUUUGCCAUCCUAUCAGCAGAACCAGAGAGUCCCUCUCCUGUUCCGAGAACAUGCUGCUUUCUACAUCUUACAGUACCUCAAUGGGAAUGCAUCAAAUCUGGAACAGGUCUUGGAGGGCUCCCACAUUCCUGUAGAUAUUAAAUUAAAUUAUAGGAAGUGGGUGAGUCCAGAUAACAUCCCCGACAAAUUUAAGGUCAGAGGCUAUAAACCACAUGUGCUACUUGACUGUACGACUGAAGUUUAUGAGACAGUGAAAAGAUUCUGCGAGCCCAACCUGUGCCCACUCUUAGCUGAAGAUGCCAUUGUCCAUCAGCUGCCCGAGUCGUUCAUCCUGACCUGUGAGUAUGACGUGCUGAGGGAUGAUGGCUUGCUCUACCAGAAGAGGCUGGAGGACAACGGAGUUCAAGUGACCUGGUGCCACCUCGAGGAUGGAUUCCAUGGGAUCAUAAAUUUAUCUGAUAGUGACUGGUUGUCGUUCUCCUCUGGAAAAAAGGGUCUCCACAAUAUUGUGAACUUCCUAAAAAGCUUAUAG